AUGAACGGUGAAGUUGAAGUGAUUAAAAGUGAAAUUCGAAGAUUUUUCAAAAAAUUAAAGAUUCAAAGCGACUGGGAUUGGAUGACUGUCAGUCAUUUUUGCCGUACUGUGCCUGUCACUGGAGUGAUAAGUAUUAAUAACAAUCACCAACACUUUUUCCAAAGUUUUAAUCUUAAUGUUUGA